AUGCGGUUUUCACCGCGUCUCCUUGGCCCCUUCGUCGGGGCAAUAUCGAAAAAGCUGGAACACUACUCCCAGUUCCAGCCGUCGCCGCUUACUAUUCAACAAUAUCUCGAUUUUGGUCGCACGGGUACCGCCACCACUUCUUAUGUUUUCCUGAAGAACGAGUUACUAGUCCGAUUAUCCAAUAUUAUGCAGGAGAUUUCUUUAUUGCCACCGACUCUACUCGAUAUGCCUUCUUCGAAGAUGGUGGCUAGUUGGUAUCAGGAUAGUUUCGAAGAAUUGUUAGAAUUUGAAGCGCGUGAUCCAACCAGCGAGACGAUGAAUCGGUUUAACGACAAAGUACAAUCGAUACUCAAGCGUCACUCGCACGUCGUCGAAACAAUGGCCGAGGGGCUAAUUGAGCUGCGAGAUCGAAAUGGUGUUGAUAUCGCGUCAGAAAAGGGAAUACAAUAUUUCCUGGACCGAUUCUACAUCAACCGGAUCUCGAUCCGCAUGCUACAAAAUCAACAUCUUGUUGUAUUCGGAAACGUGCUGCCCGAAAGUCCACGACAUGUCGGCUGCAUCGACCCGGCAUGUGAUGUAGAAAGUGUCGUCCACGAUGCGUUCGAAAAUGCUCGAUUUCUGUGUGACCGGUACUACAUGGUCUCGCCGGCCAUGAAGUUGGAGAUGUUCAACACCAUCGACAAGGAUCGUCCAAUCUCAAUCGUUGCUGUCCCCAGCCACCUAUAUCAUAUCAUGUUUGAGUUAUUUAAGAAUGCAAUGCGGGCUACCAUCGAGUUUCAUGGGGUUGAUGACGACCUGCCGAUGGUGAAGGCUCGCGUAGUACUUGGUGCCGAAGAUUUGAGCAUCAAGAUCAGCGAUCGCGGAGGUGGCGUGUCGCGCACAAUCUUGGAUCGUCUUUUCAAUUAUAUGUACAGUACAGCCCCGCCGCCUACACGUGAUGGCAGCCAAGCGCCACUAGCGGGGUACGGGUAUGGGCUGCCGUUAUCGAGACUUUAUGCUCGCUACUUUUUGGGCGACCUGUUUUUGGUGUCGAUGGAAGGCUACGGAACGGAUGCCUGUAUUUAUAUGAAGGCCAUUCCCGUCGAAGCAAACGAGCUCUUGCCAAUCUAUAGCACAUCUUCGCGCCGCAAUUUGACGAUGGCAGCGCAGGUACCCGAUUGGAGCAACACCGUACCCGGGCAAGGAAAUCGCCCAGUUAGUCAU